UUGUCUCAAAUAGAAUAAUUCGAAAACCACGUUAAGCUUUAUUUAAUAUCAUCGUGCUUUUGUAAAGCCAAAAAAAAUGUUGAUUCCUUCCUUUGGUUAAAUAAACAAUAUUAGAAAGCUAAAUAGGCUUUGGAUCACUGGAAAAGAAGCAUACAUCCUUUUUUUCUGUUCACUUUUUCUCUACAGCUUGCAGAUGUUAUGAGAUGAGAUGCAUCACUAUCUACACAUCAGAUCCAGACUCUCUGUUUCAUCAUCUUCAAUGGCUCGUGGGCAGUUGCUUCAGCAGAUCCUAAUAAUCACUUCUCUCCAUCUGAUAUCUUUAUCAACCCAACAAGAGACAAACUUUGUCUACUCAAACUUCACCUCCCAAGAAAAUCUUUACCUAGAUGCAUCCGCAAAAGUACUACUCCCCAGUGGAUUACUCCAGCUCACAAACAAUUCAGACUAUCAAAUGGGCCGAGCUUUCCACAAGAAACCGAUUGAUCAGUCGAUCACUUCCUCUUUUUCAACUCACUUCGUGUGUGCUCUGGCGCCUAAGCCAGGCGUCGAAGGAGGCCACGGUCUUACCUUUUUAGUAUCUUCCUCUCUCGAUUUCUCGUUUGCACAGGCAACAAGAUACUUAGGGGCUUUCAACGCAUCAACGUCUAACGUUCUUGCUGUCGAGCUCGACACUAUAUGGAACCCAGAGUUCAACGAUAUCAAAACCAGCGACGGUCACGUUGGUAUCGACGUGAAAAGUCCUAUAUCUAUCGCGGUAGCUCCAUCAUCUUACUAUUCAGACACGAGAGGGAAGAACGUGAGCGUGAACUUAUUGUCCGGGAACCCUAUACAGGUCUGGGUGGACUACGAAGACUCUGUUCUCAAUGUUUCGCUGGCACCUAUCGAAGCCAAGAAGCCGAGUCGCCCUCUCUUGUCGCAACGGAUCAACUUUUCAGAUAUUUUUCCUGAUAAUAGAUCGGAACUGUUCGUUGGAUUCUCUGCUGCAACGGGGAACGCUGUGAGCGAUCACUAUAUUCUUUGGUGGAGUUUCACCACAAGCAAAGGAGGAGGAGGAGGAUCACAACUUGACAUCUCGAAGCUUCCUCGAGUUCCUCAUCCGAAACCUCUUCCCACGGUUCGUCCUAAGGCUCCGCGUAAGAAGCUACCUCGGUGGAUUAUCGGCCUGGUUGCUUUUCUUGCUGUUGUGACGUUGGCUGUUCUCGCGGGAGUUUGUUUCCACCGGAGGAAGAAGUUUUUGGAAGUUUCCGAAACGUGGGAGAAGGAGUUCGAUGCGCAUAGGUUCUCUUACAAGUCCUUGUACAGAGCGACGAAAGGGUUUAGUAAAGAUGAGUUUCUAGGGAAAGGAGGGUUCGGUGAAGUCUACAGAGGGAGCCUUCCUCAAGGAAGACAGAUAGCGGUGAAGAGAGUUUUCCACAACGGUGAUGAAGGUGUGAAGCAGUUCGUGGCUGAGGUGGUGAGCAUGAGAUGUCUGAAACAUCGGAAUCUUGUUCCGCUUUUCGGUUACUGCAGGAGAAAGCGUGAGCUUCUUUUGGUCUCUGAGUACAUGUCUAACGGUAGUCUCGACGAGCAUUUGUUUGAUGAGGCGAAACGUAUUCUUUCUUGGAAAGAAAGGCUUGUGGUUGUCAAGGGAAUAGCGUCUGCUCUCUGGUACUUGCAUACAGGUGCCGACCAGGUUGUUCUGCACCGAGAUGUCAAAGCUUCCAACAUCAUGCUGGACGAGGAGUUCAACGGUAGGUUAGGGGAUUUCGGGAUGGCUAGGUUUCAUGAACACGGAGGGAGCGCAGCCACGACGGCUGCGGUGGGGACCGUUGGUUACAUGGCGCCUGAGCUGAUCACGAUGGGAGCUUCCACCGGAACCGAUGUUUACGCAUUUGGUGUUUUCGUGCUCGAAGUAACAUGCGGGAGGAGACCUGUGGAGCCGCAGCUGGAAGGUGAGAAACGGCAUAUGAUCAAAUGGGUGUGUGAGUGCUGGAAGAAGGAUGCUCUGCUUGAUGCUGUCGACCAAAGACUGGGAGAUGAGUUCUCACCGGAGGAAGUGGAGAUGGUUAUGAAACUCGGUUUGCUGUGUUCGAAUAUCGUGCCGGAGUCUAGGCCUACGAUGGAACAAGUGGUCUUAUACCUAAACGAGAACAUGCCUUUGCCAGAGUUCUCACCUUAUACUUUGGGGAUAGGCACAUUUGCUCCGGUUCUGGUUGAUGCGGCUUCCCUUGUUGUCUCAUCCGCUUCGUGGAGUUGGUCGGCUUCCUCUUCGACCAACCACUCGCCUUACGCUUAUCAGGCAAGGGAUCAGCCAUGGGGACAGACGAUAGAGACUAAGGACUCUCUUCAUAUAGUUUUAGAACCUGAGAAGCCUAAGACUCAGACUCUCUCAUCUGCUGUCAAAGCUGUGACAUUGCCUGCAGAAGAUCUCGAGUCCAAUCUUUCCAGCAUCAGCAGUCAGAGGUAAUCCAUGAUGUACAUUCAUUAUCACCCAAACAGAUCUUAGUAGCUCUCAAGAUUGUUUUUUAGUAAUCUGUCUCACCUGUCCCAAUAUAAUCAGUUUGUCUCUCUUUGUAAAUGUUUACCGUAUACAUGUUUCCUCUCUCUGUUACCAAACACGGAAACGAGAUUACUCCUCAGGCUAUUGUUCCUCAAUAUAUAUAUGCAUUGGUCAGAUACUAAAUGACUCUCUGUUAGAACGCUGUUUUGGUUUAUAAGUUGUAACUGUGUGCUUAUGUUGUAGUAAUGAAUUAUUGAGAUGUUUUGGUUUAUAUA